AUGGCGACUCCAACUUCCGCAUCAACACAAUAUCCAAGGACGGCUGUGAAUAAACUCGGUCGAUUGCCAAAUAGAGGCUACUACGACUACGCCACCAUCCACACGCUGCUCGACCGCAGCCCCCUCCUACACAUCUCCUUUACGAUACCCACCCAGCGCUUCCCCGUCAUCCUCCCCAUGCUCGGCUGCACCGCAAACUACACGGAUCCCAGCGCCGAGCCAGCCACCACCCCGCAAGACGUCUAUCUGCACGGCCACAUUUCCUCGCGCAUGUUUCAGCAAGAAGAAGAAGAAGACGAAGAGUCUCGAGAUGGCCUCCCCAUUUCCAUCGCAGCCUCCUUUCUAGACGGCCUCGUACUGAGUCUCACGCCCUUCCACAACUCGUGUAAUUACCGCUCUGCCGUCGUGUACGGGUAUGCGUCUCUGGUGACGGACGAGGCCGAAGCCCUGUGGGCCAUGCACAAAAUCACCGAGAAGAUGCUGCCGGGGCGCUGGGACGCCAGUCGCGUGCCGCCGACGGAUGCAGAGGUGAAGAGUACGGGGGUAAUGAGAGUCAGGAUUGUAUCUGCGUCGGCGAAAAUACGAACCGGAGGCCCCAGUGAAGAUCGUAAUGAUCUGAAGAAUCAGGAGCUUGCGCAGCGCACGUGGACGGGCGUCGUGCCGUACUGGGGUAUGUGGGGGGAGCCGGUUCCUGGUGCCCAGAAUGGAUGCGAGGAGGUGCAGGGGUAUAUUGAGGGGUGGAGGGUUGGGGAGAAUACUAGAGGGAAGAUGGAGGCUUUUGGGGCGGCCAUGGAGAAGUAA